AUGGUGGGUGGGCAGGUUGGAGUAACUGGGGAAAUUAUUUUUUUGGGCUGUGAUGCAGAAUUGGAGUUGCCUGGACAUAGUCAGGCCUUUCUAAGUCGAAUUAUGAUGACUGCCAAAAAGGCAAUUGCUGGAGAAUGGAGAUCAAGACUUAUGCUGACUUUGCUAGAAGUGACAAAGCUUUCAGUACAGAACAUGGAAAACUUCUCUGUUUUCAUACUUAAAGAAUUUGAAAGUAUUGGUGAUUACAAAUAUUUGCAUUUUGUAUGCUCUUUGAUAUUUUAUCUCUUAAUAGUUUUUGUCAAUGUUUUUCUUGUUUGUGUUAUCAUUCAUGAGGACAGCCUCCAUGAAACCAUGUACAUUUUUAUGUGUAAUUUAUUUCUCAAUGGACUAUAUGGCAGUACUGCAUUUUUUCCAAAAUAUAUGGCAGAUAUUCUGUCAGAAUACAGAAUAAUUUCUUACACCGGCUGUUUUAUUCAGAUGUUGUUGAUAUAUACAUUUGGCUAUAAUGAAAUUACUUUCUUAGUACUGAUGGCAUAUGACCGCUAUGUAUCUAUAUAUAAUCCUUUAAGGUACAGCAUUAUUAUGACAGUUGAUAAAGCCUUCAGACUCAUUCUUGCCUCAUGGUUAUAUAAAUUUUGUCUUGUAUUAUUGUAUAUUUAUCCAAUAACAAGGAUAUGUGGGUCAACUAUACAAGAUAUUUGCUGUGCAACAAUAUCUGUUUUGAAACUGUCUUGCAAUGAUGCUUCUUUUAAUAUUGUUUUGGAAUCAUGUACUAUCAUUAGAACAGCUGUGAUGAGUCCACAAAUUAAGGAAAAUCAGGUGGAAUGGGAAGCAUCUGAUUAUUUGCUACAUGAAGAGUCUCUGGAGCCUUCUGUAGGAAACCAGUGCAAAAGUUCAAUUGGAGUUGGCACAGCAAGGAAAGAAGCAGGAAACAGUGGCAACUCUGAUGCAUUUAGUGUUCUGGAUUGA